GCUUUUGUGGUUGGCAAACGCGGACAGAUGGCGAGGUGUGAAUGGUACCUGCCCGGGCACAGCUUUCAAGAGGCAGACGGCUUCCAAUGUGGAGCAGUGCAAAAGGCGCUGUGAAGCCCUGCCUGCAUGCCAGGGCGUGUCCUAUGACCGCCAAAGCCAGAACUGCGCCUUCCUGGCGGGAACUGAGGCCGUGGCGACCGAGACGCCGCGCUGUUUCAACCAGCACCAUGUGGAGGUCUUUGUGAUGAUGCCCCUGGAUCUGGUCUCCAUGGAUGGACAGUUGCAGGAGGACCAGCUGCCGGCGAUUUGGGCGGCCUUGGCGACCUCCAAAGCAGAUGGUUUCAUGGUGGAUGUUUGGUGGGGCAUCACUGAGCCGGAACCAAAGAAGUACAACUUUGCUCCAUAUCGCCGUUUGAUUGAUGAGGCGAAAUCACGAGGCUUCAAAGUCCAGAUUGUGAGUUCCUUUCACCAGUGUGGUGGCAAUGUAGGCGAUGCGUGCAACAUCCCCCUGCCGGAAUUCGUUCGCAGUUUGCCGGACAUUUGGUACAAGGAUGCGGAAGGAAAGGAGACCAAGGAGUACAUCUCCCUUUUUGCGGAUGCUGUCCCGCUAGCGGACCAGCGCACGCCCUUGAAGAUGUACGGUGAUUGGUUUAAGGCUUUUCGGAAAGAGUUCAAAAAUGAACUGAAGGGAGAGCCCAUCGUGGAAAUCAUGGUAGGCUUAGGCCCGUGUGGCGAGAUGAGGUAUCCUUCCUAUCCCUUGGACCGUUGGAGCUUUCCCGGUAUUGGCGCAUUCCAAUCCUUUGACGUUCACGCCUUGAAGAGUCUCAGGACCGCAGCGCAGAAUGAGACUUUCAUGCCUCCACAUGUGAACUACAAUGAUUUUCCCCAGGACACCAGCUUCUUUUCGUUGAACCAUCCCUCCAACUACGUAUCUUCAACAGGUCAUUUCUUUUUAGAGUGGUAUUCUGCAGCUCUGAAACAGCACGGCACGGACGUCAUCAGCAUUGCACAGAAGAUCUUUAAGAAGGUGCGCCUGGCUGCGAAGAUUUCGGGCAUCCACUGGUGGUACCAAAGCCCAUCCCAUGCGGCCGAGGUCACAGCAGGAUACUACAACACCAACUUCCACAACGCCUAUUUGGAGAUUGCUCAGGUGCUGAAGAAUGCCGGUGCGGAGGUCUUUGACUUCACUUGUUUGGAGAUGCGCGAUUCGGAACAACCGGAGGACGCGCACUCUGGUCCAGAAGAACUGGUUCGACAAAGCCAAGCAGCCGCCGAAGCAGCGGGACUGCACUUCGCAGGGGAGAACGCCUUGCAACGAUAUGACCAAUCCGCGUACGACCAAAUGUUGGUGUACAAGGAGAAUCUAUUUGCCCUCACUUACCUGCGCAUGACAGAAGCUCUCAUGCAGCCAGAGAAUUUGCAGCGAUUCAGGUGUUUUGUGUUUGCCAUGCAUGGAGAUCAGUCUGACUGCACCAUUCCAGACAACAGGCAGAGCUUACUUAAACGUAAAGAAGAUGGCUGCAGACAUCACCUCCCUGGCGAGAUGUAA